UCCACCCCUUCGCCCUAGUCCCCCCGCGCCUCCCCUUCCCCGGCUCUCCGGCCUCCCAUUCAUUCCGUCCGCUCCCUCCCAUUUCCCCUUUCCCGCUCGGGCCCUGUCUCCAGAGCCGCCUCGCGCGGACCCCGCUGCAGUCUCGGGGUUCUUAGCACAUUCAUGGAAGUUUAGGGCCCGGACGGCGGCCCCGAGUCCGGCCUGAGAGCGCAGCCCGAGCUGCCGGCCGGGAAGAGGAAGAUGUCUGUGCUCAGGCGGGUGAUGCGGAUCUCCAAUCGCUCCCUCCUCGCCUUCAUCUUCUUCUUCUCCCUCUCCUCGUCUUGUCUCUACUUCAUCUAUGUGGCUCCGGGCAUCGCCAACACGUAUCUCUUCAUGGUACAAGCUCGAGGUAUAAUGUUGAGAGAAAAUGUGAAAACAAUAGGACAUAUGAUCAGGCUGUACACAAAUAAAAACAGUACACUCAACGGUACAGAUUAUCCUGAAGGCAAUAAUUCAAGUGAUUACCUUGUUCAAACGACGACGUAUCUUCCGGAAAACUUCACAUAUUCACCAUACCUCCCCUGCCCAGAAAAGCUGCCUUACAUGCGGGGAUUCCUCAAUGUCAAUGUAAGUGAAAUCAGUUUUGAUGAAAUUCAUCAACUCUUCUCCAAGGAUUUAGAUAUUGAGCCAGGAGGUCACUGGAGGCCUAAGGACUGUAAACCCAGGUGGAAGGUGGCAGUUCUCAUUCCUUUCCGUAAUCGCCAUGAACAUCUUCCAAUUUUUUUCUUGCACCUGAUUCCGAUGCUCCAGAAACAGCGGCUGGAAUUUGCCUUUUAUGUCAUUGAACAGACUGGCACACAACCUUUUAACCGUGCGAUGCUCUUCAAUGUGGGCUUCAAAGAGGCAAUGAAAGACAGUGUCUGGGACUGCGUCAUCUUCCAUGAUGUGGAUCAUCUCCCUGAAAAUGACCGUAACUAUUAUGGAUGUGGAGAAAUGCCACGUCAUUUUGCAGCAAAGCUGGAUAAAUACAUGUAUAUUCUUCCAUAUAAAGAGUUUUUUGGUGGUGUAAGUGGACUGACAGUGGAACAAUUUAGAAAGAUCAAUGGUUUUCCUAAUGCCUUCUGGGGAUGGGGAGGAGAAGAUGAUGACCUUUGGAACAGAGUUCACUAUGCUGGAUAUAACGUAACCAGACCAGAGGGAGACAUAGGAAAAUACAAGUCUAUUCCUCAUCACCAUCGAGGUGAAGUCCAGUUUUUAGGACGGUAUAAAUUACUAAGGUAUUCUAAAGAGCGUCAGUACAUCGAUGGGUUGAACAAUUUAAUAUGUAGGCCAAAAAUACUGGUUGAUAGGUUGUAUACAAAUAUAUCUGUAAACCUCACGCCAGAGUUAGCUCCAAUUGAAGACUAUUAAAAGAAGUAGCUCUCAUGGCAAGAUAGACCACCAUGCUGGAUCAUAAACUUGGAGUGCACUCUUAACGGAGGUCAGUGAUUGGAUGUGUCACGGUGCCCUGUUCUCUGAGAGGAGAAGAGCCAGCAGUCCUCAGUGUUUACAGCGGGGGUCUAUGUCCAAUCACCCCUCUUCCACCCAUCCUCUCUGCUUUGAGACACACUCCAUGGUGAGCACUGCAGAGACUGGAAGCCAUUGCUGAAGAUCGGAAGUUGAGAGCUCCUACAAAAAGAAAAUUUUUAUACUAAAAUCUAUAAUUUAAUUCAAGAGAAUGCUUUUAUUUCCGUUUAGACAUAUUUUGUACAUAUGUGAUAUAAAUUAAGGUGUUCAAGUUGUUGAAAAAUAAGAUGUGUUGCAGUUUUGCAUGUCAUUGGUUAUGCCUUUAUUGGACUUUUAUAGACAUUUUUUUAUUUGCAUGGGAAAAAACACUGUAAACUUACAUCACUAAACAAAGGUUAACCCUUGUGUGAAAUGAAGGAACUGUCAAUAAUUGACAGCCAACUAAUACGGUAAACUGUUAUACUAGUUUUGAGCUUUAGAACUCUGCCUUUCGUGUGGAAGAAGUCACAGCUUUCUUAGGGCUUUAAAGGGAAAGAAGAAAGGACUUAAACAGCUUUUCUUCCUGCCAGGAUUACCUGUUUUUUUUCCUUGCUUGCAGCCUCAUCAGAUUUUGCUAUAAAUCACAACCAUAUUGUUUAUGCAUAUUGCAUGAGUAUUACCAAGAAAAUCUUAAAAGUUGUGAUGUGACAUGAUAUAAAGGACCUCUUUAUGUUAAAUGUCUUUCAUGUACCUCUGGUGUAAGUGUCAGGGAUUUUGUGCCUCAAAAAAUGUUCCCAAGGUUGUGUGUUUAUACACUGUAUUUUUUUUAAAUUCACAAUCAACAGCACUUUUAUUAUUUCCAGUUCAGAAGAGCCAAAAAAAGUAUCUUCGUUUAAAAAGAAAUCGAGUCAGUUUUUUUUAAAAAGAAUGAUCUAUGGAAAACCCAGUAGUGCUUAUAAUAUACAAAUGAAUUAUACUAUUAGAUAAGAAAUUAAAUGUUCUAUUUUUGUGAAGAUAAAUGCUUAGUAGAUAAAAACAAAUUUUAAGUUUAAUUCUCAGACAUAGAAUUUCACUUUGGGAAGGGACCCUUAAAUGUCAACCAGUUUCACUCAAACUAUAUUUUUUUCACUUUUAAGAAAUUACAUCUCUGGUGUUAAUUAUUAAAAUUUCCUCAUUAAAAGUAUAAUUAGUAGAAUUAUCUUAAAAUACCUUAUCAGUUAAGUGCACUGAUAUUAUGACACUUCUGUGAAAACAUUUCAUACUACCUGAUGUCAAGUACAUUUAUCUUAAAUUUGCUUGAAGUUUUCCAUAGCCAAACCAAACAAUAUUCUUACUUUGAAAAUUAUCAGUUAUAAAAGAUUCCUUAAAAUAUCUUAAGAUAUUUUUACAAACUUAAAAAAACUGUGUAUCUAUAAAGUGAAUCUUCAACAUGAAGAACGAUAGAAAGCUAUAUAUGAGAGAUGUUUAAAUAACAUAUGCCUCAUGGAUUGUUCACCUAAAAUAGAAAUAUGGUCAUUUAUCUCAGGUUGUAAGUUUAAUAUUGAAGUGUCAGUUUUUAUGGCAAUAUUGAUAAUCCCAAUGACCACAAACCAAAUCAUAAAAUAAUUGAAAUUCUUAUGCUUUGAGAAAACUGAGCCUCUCUAUUAUGAUACCAAACAGAAUUUUUCCAUAUUUAUUUCUUAGAAAUAUUUCCAAAAUAUUUAUCUGUCAAUUUUUUUUGUGGUACUCAAAAUAAUGAAAAAUCAAACCUUCUGAAAAUUAAGAUAUUUGUACUUAAUUUGUGUAUCUGUUCAUUUUCUGUCUCUCAUACCAAUGUAGUUUUUUAAGUUGAUGAAAAGAGAUUGGGAAUGUUAACAUUUGUUGAUCACUAGCAAGGUAGUAGGGGCACAGGAGCAUAAUUAACCCAAUAAUACUUAAAAUGUUUUAGUGGUGGGGCAAAGUUAGGGCUGUUUCUGAGUGUUAUUAUAAGGGAAACCUUUGUCUCUUUUUAAUGUGGAGCUGUCUGCAUUUGGUAUCUUUUCAUUUAGAUGUACAUUUUACAGUUUCAAGAAAACUCAGUACUACUAGCGUCUGCCUUAUUUUCUUGAGUUAUGUCUGACAUUAAUUUUUGUUUUAGGAAUGAGAUGCAAAUAUUUUGCUUUUUCUCAGUUUUGAAUAUAGUAUGUUAUCCUGUGAAAACCACCUCACUAGUUUGCUUUUUGUUUGGUUUUGUUUUGCUUUUUAAGUAUAAACCUAAAAUUCUUUUCACUUAUAAACAGUGACCUUUACUAUGUUCCCAUAAGAGUGACAGAGCUUUGCCCAGUUGUCUUCAUUGUAUGACAAUAAAUCUAUUCCAUAAAGAUUAACAAAUACAUUGCCAAUACAAACUAUUUUCUUUAUAGUAUGUUUGGUGGAUUUAUUAAUGAACAUGAGUUGAUUGCCUGCUCUGGAUCAGGUGCAAUGCUAAGUAUGUGUAUGGAAAGAGCAUUAUUUCAUUUCUAAACAAAUCAAGUCAAGCAAAUUGAAACUUUUCUAAAAUUAUGAGGACAUUUUCUGAUAACUUAUCUGUUGUAUUUCUUAGUCUCAAAGUCAAGAAACCUAUAUAUGGUGGACCUAGAGCUAUGAGGAGUUCCCUGUGGCCCUACUGGGAAAAUUAUAUAGUGCCUUUCAACUAGAGAAAGAAGUAAUGAUAAUGGGCCUGUUUGUAGAAAAGAAAAUAGGAAAAGUACAUACAUUUGCUGUAACAUUAAGUCUCACAGUGGAGAUAGUCAUUCUUUGCCAAAACUCGGGUUUAAUGAGUAUUUUUUUAAAAUCUAAAUUUUUUGUUUGUAUUUUGUGAAAAGGUGUUCAGUAAGAAAACCUUAUUUAUAAUAUUAUAUAAAUUCAAAAUCAUGUAUUAAAAACUUGCCUAUACUCCUUUCCUAGCCAAGAUAUUAAUAUCCAUUUUAAAACAAAAUUGAAAAGUAUCUAAUACAUACGUAUUCUCCUUCUGGAGGCUCCCUAAAAGUGAAAGCAGAUUUUGUAUCAUUUUAUUUGGCCUUUGCUUAUCUCUGUUAUCUUUCUUUAUAUAUUUUCAAGAUGAAUAGUACUCUAGAUUUAUUGCCUUGGCCUUGCAAGUAUGCCAAUUGAGAGAACUAAAAUGAUCAUUGUGUUUAUCAGAAGGAGGAAGUGUACUUAAGAUUAUUUUAUUUAUUAAGAUAUGAAAGGCUUCUACAUUAAAUGCACUAAAAUAAGUGCUAGUAAUUUCUUGUACUUUCAUUUUUUUUUUUUUUUUUUGCUUCUCAUGGAAAUGUUUGUACUUUUUUAUCAUUGUCUUUUAUGAAAUAUAAUGUUC